UUUUCCACCAAAUUUCGCUUCGUUGCGGACGAUGAUGAUGAGCAGGAUGUUUGCUGUGGUGGUGCUAGCGGCACUGGCUGCUGCUGUUGGCGCUGGGGCAGCAGCUGCAGCGAGUGGGCCGUUUGGCGAUGGGCCAACACCCACCACUGCAAAUUGUACCCUCACAUGGUACAACCAGACGACGGAUCACUUCCAGUGGCGACCAUCUGGCACGGCGGAGGAGCCACUUACCUUCCAGCAGCGCGUGUUCAUCUGUGACCAGUACUGGGACAAGACAAACCCUGGCCCCAUCUUCUUCUACGCGGGCAACGAAGGCGACGUCGAGCUCUACGUCAACCACACCGGGCUGAUGUGGGAGAGCGCCCCCAUGUUCCGCGCGCUGCUGGUAUUUGCCGAGCAUCGCUUCUAUGGCAAGACACAGCUGACACCGGGCGCCAGCGGGCCCAGUGAGCACCAGUACAAGUACCUCACACACGAUCAGGCCAUGGCGGACUAUGCCCAUCUCCUGUAUCACUUGAAGCGCGACCGCAACUGUGAAUCCAGCAAGACCAUCGUCUUUGGAGGAUCAUAUGGUGGCAUGCUUGCUGCGUGGCUGCGCAUGAAGUAUCCCCAAACAUUUGACGGCGCCAUCGCGGCCUCUGCUCCAAUUCUCGCGUUCCCCGGUAUGACCCCGCCAUUCGACAGCAACGGCUACUGGCAGGUGGUGACGCGUGACGCCACGCCCGCUGCCGGCGCUGCGCCCGCGUGCGAGAACAACAUGCGCAACGCGUGGAAGGAGCUCUUUUCACGUGGAAAGACAGAGUCUGGCCGCAAAUCGCUGUCCACGCUGUUCCGCACGUGCUCGCCCGUGACGUCAGAGGAUGACACGUGGCGUCUGGCCAUGUUUCUGCUCCUCUCCAUCGACACGCUCGCCAUGGGCAACUAUCCUUACCCGAGCAACUACCUCACGGGCGGCGGGCCCAAGCUGCCGGCCUAUCCUGUGGUCGCGGCGUGCAAACCACUGGCGAAGAAGGACUUGAAGGGCGAUGCUCUGCUUUCCGCCCUCCGUGACGGCGCAGCCGUGUAUGCAAACGCAACACAAGACCUCACCUGCUUCGAUAUCCCAGACCAGAAGCACGUCGAGCAGGAUGGAAUCUGGGACUACCAGUGGUGCACGGAGCUGAUGCCGCAAGAGACGUACUUCUCGCUCAACGGAACAACAGACAUGUUCUGGGCACAGCCGCAGGACAUGGCGUUUGUUAGGGACCAUUGCCGCACCAAGUAUGGAAUUGUGCCACGCGAGGACUGGAUGGCGGUCAAAUACGGUGGCCUGAAUGCGCUGCCUGCUGCGUCCAACAUUGUGUUCUCCAACGGACUGCUGGACCCUUGGUCCUCCGGCGGCGUCAAACACAACAUCAGCGACAGCAUCACCGCCAUCAUCCUGCCCCACGGCGCACACCACAUCGACCUCUUCUUCACAAACCCGCAGGACACGUGGGACAUCACGUGGGCACGCAACUACCACCGCGCCCAGAUUGCAAAGUGGCUUGAUGGCUGACCGCACGCACACACACACACACACACACACAAUCUCUCCCUCUCUGCAUGCGUAUCUGAGUCUGGCUCCCUUCAACUCCAUGUGUGCUCUCUCUCCCUUUGAAGUACACCCAUGCUUUGACGUGUCACACACACACACAAACUGCACACAUGCACACUGUUUCUGGUGGUGGCAUGAUGAUAACGUGUCUAAUGGGUGUGAAGAAUCAAUGAGGAUCAACAACAUGGUCGCGCACGCAUGAAAAGGGGCAACAGCAACAACAACAA